AUGACCUGGCUUGAUUAUGCGAUUGUAGAAUGUUCCGAAUUGAAUUACCCAUUCAAAUUCAUUGAUUGGCAACUGAAACUUGAAGAUGGAGCCGAAGAAGGCGAUGAAGAGUGUCUCCUGGUGCGGAUUAUUCGUUUGAUUGAUAAAUUUUAUGAACUGUGA